AUGGCGACCCAGGGGAUCAAUGCGACGUUCACGGGUGACGCCAGCCUGAACAAACGCCCGAUGGGCCGUGUGACCGAUCCGAUUGCGCUGUUUGGCGCGCAAUCUGUGGGCCGUUCCGGUGGUCGUCUGCCGAUGACCAUUGUGGGCGCAACCGAACCUGUGCCGGUGGAAUACACCGUGCCGAUGCCGUCCGCUCAGGUAAAAUCUGCGGUGCUUUUGGCGGGGCUGAACGCGCCGGGUCAGACUGUGGUGAUCGAAAAAGAAGCCACCCGCGACCAUACAGAACGUAUGCUGGAAGGCUUUGGUGCCGAGAUUUCCGUUGAAGAAACAGAGGACGGCCGUCGUAUCACCCUGACAGGUCAGCCUGAACUGAAACCGCAGGUGAUCUCUGUGCCGCGCGACCCAAGCUCUGCUGCUUUCCCGACCUGUGCGGCGACAAUUGUGCCUGGGUCCGAAGUGUUCGUACCAGGCGUAUCCCAGAACCUGACGCGCAACGGAAUCUACACGACGCUUGUGGAAAUGGGCGCGGAUAUUACGUUUGAAAAUGAACGCCUUGAGGGCGGUGAACCGGUCGCCGACCUGCGCGUGCGUUACGCUGAAACCCAUGGCAUCGAAGUGCCACCUGCGCGUGCUGCAUCUAUGAUUGACGAAUACCCGGUUCUGUCCGUUGUUGCGGCCCUGUCCACCGGCAAAACCGUGAUGCGCGGCGUGAAAGAACUGCGCGUGAAGGAAUGUGACCGCAUUGACGCCAUGGCCCGUGGUCUGCGGGCCUGUGGUGUAACGGUUGAGGAGGAUGAAGACACGAUGAUCGUGCAUGGCAUGGGGCCGGGUGGUGUGCCGGGUGGUGCAACCUGUGAAAGCUUCCUGGAUCACCGGAUUGCGAUGUCUUUCAUGGUGCUUGGUAUGGCGGCGCAGAACCCUGUGUCUGUCGAUGACGGCACGCCAAUUGCCACAUCCUUCCCGGUGUUUGAGGAUCUGAUGAAGACCCUGGGCGCACAGAUCACGCGCGAUAACGCCUGA